AUGCACAGCGACAGGAAAGAAAUCCAAGGGAGCAAAAAGCGUACACCGCUUCCAACCGAGGGACCACCAGGACGAAAAGGCACGUGGGAGGCGCGGGAUGAAAACGCAGAAGCACGCAAGGCAGGAAGAGCCGGCCGGAGGGACCCGCGGCUGGGGCAGGGGCGGUGGAGAGCGCCGGGCGAGCGCAGCGCCGCGGUCCCUCGCCUCCCAGAUAGCGCCCAGCACCGCCGUCCCCACCGACCUUCAGCGGGGCCCGGGGCCGGGUUUCGGCCGCGAGCAGCCGGGACGCGGGCAGCAGCGGGCGAGCGCGGGACGGGGAGAAGGAGGCCUCUUCCUGCCUGGCCCCUGGGAAAGAGGGACGGAGGGAGGGUCGCGGGUGUCUGCAGCCGGGGGAGCCGGAGAGGAGGGUUACGGGCUUACCUCUCGCCGGGCUUGGCCUCUUCCCUCGCCCGUCGGACAGAGGAGCUCGUCGUCCAGCUGGAAGAAGAAAGCCCUACCCGGGUCAGCACCAUCCCGUCCGGGGCCCCCUCACUUCGCCAUCGCAGCAACCGCAACCACCGCAACCGCCGCAACCGAGCAGCCUGCUCGUCACCGCCGCUCCGCGACUGGCCCAGCGCCACUAACGAGCAUGCGCAGUCGCCCCACUCCCGAGGGAUCCCGGGCCAGCCGGCUCUACCUGCGAUCAACAGCGCUAUCCUGCCGUCUCCUGUAGAGAGCCCGGUCCCUACCCUACCAAGUUUGCACAGUAGGGAAAGGAAGCCGCGGAGCAUCCGCGCUGGCUCGGGACAGCGGCCUUUGGAGACCAGGACCGAAUUGCGUUUUGGCGAAAUGUGGGUGCUGAUCCAGUUGCUUCUCGGUUGUGACGCCCGGAAGGGCGAAAGAGGAUUGAGGAAGUGAGCCUCUAGCUCUUAAACUCCAUUAACACAAGGCCUUGAAGGCUAGUCCUUUAUUGAUCUUUUAUUUCACUUGUUGGGACUCAAAACAAAAAAUACUGGGACUUUGACAUGCCGACAGGUCUUGAGAACCUUCAGAAUUAGGUGCCUCUGACCUUUGCUUUUCGCAUUCAAGCGUGAGGAGAGGCUUUCUGAAAAUAUUUUUUGCCCAAAGACAAGACCUGCUGAAGAAGAAACGAUCACCUGUGGUCUCCUUCCCACUCACUCCAACGCCCCCGAGCUUUUAAUAACUAAACUCACAUCACUGAAAGAAAGACACACCUGGAAGUCUGUCAACACACUGGACUCACCUGUCCGUUCUGCGGGCAGAUUCACAAACCAUUAAGUUUCCCUAAAAAUCAUUUACUAUGCCCCUCAAAACUGUCUAAAUUCCUCAUCUUCCCCUGCUCCAUAAAAAUGGGGUAUAUAAUAACUUAUGAAUAAUUGUGAUAGUGUAUAAUCGCUCGUAUAUUUUCCCCGUGCUGUGAUUUGUCCCUUUUACAUGUUAAUAAAUUUGUAUACCUUU